AUUUCCCAGAUUACAGGCUUUCGAUGGCAUUUCAUGUAUCAGAGACACCACAGAAUGGCCGGUGGUGCAUCCCGGAAGACACAAAGGAGCCGCCUCGCUUCUCUGCCGAUCAGUACGCCCAGAACAACAAUCUUCAGAGAAAGCACAACAACAUGGUUUUAGAAUUUUGCCAGCCGACAUUCUUUACCGAGCCACGAGCCACCUUGCAGAUCCUGGACAUCGGCUGUGGAACCGGGGACUUCACGCGGGACUUCCUGUUACCACGUUGCCUGCCGUGCGGUAGGUUAGUCGGCAUCGACUCCUGCAGCGAAAUGAUCCAAUACGCUAGGCGACAUUCGGCUCACGAGAAGAUUGAAUAUGAGCUGCUCGACAUAGGGGACGACGUGACCGAGUUUAUAGGUCGCUAUGGCCGCUUCGACAGAGUUUACUCUUUUUACUGCCUUCAGUGGCUGAGGGACCAGGGCGCCGCACUGAAGAACAUAGCUGCACUGAUGUCACCAGGGGGACAGUGUCUCCUGGUGUUUCCGGCAUCACACCAACCUGGCGCCGUGUGGAGUCUCCUGGCCAAGAUGGACUCCUGGGAAAAAUAUUCGGAGACGCUGCUGCAGUUUAUUUCGAAGAGCCAUUAUAUGAAGAGCAAGACCGAACAAAUCCUGUACAUGUCGUCACUUCUGAGCGAAGCCGGCCUCUACCCCAACAUUUUUGUGCUGCCAAGGCUGGUGACAUUUGAUGGAUGGUCCGAACAGGACAUAAUCGAAGUGCACAUGAGCCUCCUUCCUAUCAACCACCUUGUUUCGGACACCGAGAGGCCGCAGCUGCUCGAAGACGUCACGGCUCUGGUCCGGAAAGUGCAUGGCCCUGAGACUGACCAGUCAAUAUUCAGGAUGUAUAUCAUCAUGGCCUCCAAACAAAGGGGCUAAUGCCUGACAAUUCAUCCCAUAACGCAUGCAUAUUAUCUAGCCAACUUAUUACUGUUCAGACCUAUCACUCUAACCACGAUUUUAUACAGAAACAAAUGUUCAUUGCUACUGACACAUAAUUGGACAACGCAUGUAGUUUAUUCUAAUCAAAUAAAAGGGCGAAAUUCUUGUGUAAGUGCUUUCUCGCUAGUAUAUAAUGACGCGCGUUCUCGUAUUUAGCCUGCUUCAUGUCUUUAACCACUUGUAGCCUUCCCCCAUAUCUUUUGACUCCAGCAUUUUGAUACGGCGCUGACUGGUGCAAACUGUAAUGCACUGUAAUGUUGUACUUUGU